GCAGGUGAGGCGAAUUUGCGGAAAUUGACAAGUUUAAAGUCGUACCUGCAAGAACCAACAACAUAUAACACAAAAUGAAAGGGGAAAACAUUAUAUGAGUCUUUCUUUGCACAAUUUGUCUUGUUUUUUUAUUAUGUCUUUAUGUUCAAAAUGAACCCUAUAAGGGACCCAAGUUCCAUAUUCGCAUUCCUUAAUGCGUCAGUUAAAAAAGUUCCCACAGGAUUCUCUCCCCCACCCUCUCUUUAUUUAUUUCGCUCCCUUUUAUUCUUUUCAGUGUUCAUGUGUGAUAGAUCAGGUAAUAGUUGUAUCUUGUCGAACCAGCGACAUCCAUAAUAGCAGAUCAUCAACCCACUCACCUGAUUUUUUAUUUUCCAGUAUCCACUUUAAAGUGAAAAGCUUUGUAGUUUCGUUUAAUGAUGACUGUUGACCUACACAACCGUGAGUUAUUGCUUCCUUCUCAGCUUUACAAUCCUCAAGAAGAUCACCUCGGAUCCGAGUUGAGUUCACCUAUUGGGUCUGAUCGGCUGUGUUCUAGCUCCACAGAGAGCAGCCGGGAGGAGGAAGAAGAAGAAGACGAUUACAUUGGUGAGUUGACUCGACAGAUGGCUCAGUACAUGCUUCCUGAUGAAGAUAAAGUUGGAAAGCCAUGGGAUUUGCCUGGUUCACCAGAAUCAACGCUGUGGUCACAGUUUGGCUCGAACCUUAAUAGUCCUGUUGGACCAUCUAGGGAGCCAUCUCCUCCAUUGACACCCAUGGUUGAGAAUUUUGAAAAGAUGAAGAUAAAUGAAGAAACAGCAAGAUAUAACCAGGGUGAGCCAUUUUCAACUACAUCCAAUUCAAUACAAGUUUCUGGAGGAAACCUGAAUGCAAAGAAAUCCCUUAUCGAUGAUCAAAUAAGAGCAAUCCAAUUCUACAGGCUUAAACAAGAGCAAGCUAUGAAGCAAACGGAACAGAAGUUGCAAAAGCCGAGAACUAAGCAUUACCAUCAAGGCAGAGGAAGAGUUCUUGGUGGGUUCAACAAUGGCCAUAAAGCUGCCCCUAACUCUAAUAAUCCCUGGUAUAAUCUGCCCCAGCCGCAACAACUACAACAGGGCAACCAACAGACCGGUUCACACAUGAGGGCGGUUUUCCUCAAUGCAUCCGGUUCAAGAAGUGGUUCUAGUGGAACCGGGGUUUUCUUGCCUCGUGGAAUAGGAGGAAACCCUACCGAGUCACGCAAGAAACAAGGAUGUGCCACAGUUCUGAUUCCAGCAAGAGUAGUUCAGGCACUGAAGCUCCACUUUGAGAAAACAGGUGUUCCAACAAGGUCCAACAAUAGUGGUUUCCCUCCACAACACGAUGCUUGCGGAAGUGGGAGGAAUCAUAACAAGCAUUCACUGCACAAGGGCCCGUCCAAGGCAGCGCCGGCUAUGAACCUUCAAGAAAUGUGUCUACCUCAAGAAUGGACAUAUUAAUGCAAACAACCACCCACAUGGGGUUGUUUGUUUUCCAUCAAUUCAAGCUUUAGAUUGUAUUUCAAGGCAGAAUAAAAGAAAUAAAGACAGACAGUGGUCAAAAAAUAUUUGGAAUCUAGGGUUAAGUUUGUAUAUGUAUUGAUUUGUUUUCUUUCUUUCUUUCGGCCUUUAGCCCUUGUUUCAAAGGGUUCAACUUAGAUGGGAAAAUUAAAAUAAAUUUGCUAUGAAAAUGAUGGGUACAGUAUCU